UCUCUCUCUCUCUCUCUCUCUCAUCCUCACAACACUCCAAAACAAUAUCCGUAAGAAAAUAUCAGCAGCUCCACCAAAUUCAUAUCUAUUUCCUGCCGACUGGAGAACAAAUACAGUUGUUCUCACUCCCGAUUCUACACACUCAAAAUAAUCUCAUUUUAAAACUUCAAAACCCUAACCCUAGCCCUGAAAUUUCCACUUGCGUUGUAAUGUUUCUUUGAGAAUUACUCACCAUGGACGUCUCUUAUUUGCAACAAAGCAACUUUAUUUUGACUCCAAUUCGUUAUUGGACUCAUCGUCCUCUCUUUGUUCUCCCUAGGAUUUCGAUAUCGGUCCACAAGAAGCAAAAAAUGUUGAUCCAUUCCGAUGUAGGAACAUGUGCUCGGCUUCCACUUCGACUUCAGAAACCUUAGUUACUGGAUCGCGCAAAGAAGAUGGGAAGUCAAGAGAAGUUGUGAGCAAGAAAGAAGAUGAGUUUGGAGACUUGAAAUCUUGGAUGCACAAGAAUGGACUUCCUCCUUGCAAAGUUUUUCUCAAGGAAAGGCAUUCCCACGACUCGGAACAUCGCUCCAUACAUUAUGUAGCUGCGAGCGAAGAUCUCCAGGCAGGUGACGUUGCAUUCUCUGUUCCAAACCCAUUGGUUGUAACACUGGAGCGAGUUUUGGGGAAUGAGACCAUUGCGGAACUCUUGACCACAAACAAGUUGUCGGAGUUGGCCUGCUUGGCACUGUACCUGAUGUAUGAAAAGAAGCAAGGAAAGAAGUCUUUCUGGUACCCAUAUAUCAGAGAGCUUGAUCGUCAGCGAGGGAGGGGACAGUUAGCUGUAGAAUCGCCUCUUCUAUGGUCUGAAAAUGAGCUGAAUUAUCUGACAGGCAGCCCUACUAAGGCUGAAGUUUUUGAGAGGGCUGAAGGGAUCAGGAGGGAGUAUACUGAGCUUGACACUGUCUGGUUUAUGGCUGGGUCCCUCUUUCAGCAAUAUCCAUUUGAUAUACCUACAGAGGCCUUUCCUUUUGAGAUUUUCAAACAAGCCUUUGUUGCAGUUCAAUCCUGUGUUGUGCAUUUGCAGAAAGUCAGUUUGGCUCGGAGAUUUGCUCUAGUUCCUCUUGGGCCCCCGUUGCUAGCCUAUAGAAGCAACUGCAAGGCAAUGUUAACAGCUGUUGAUGGUGCUGUUGAACUGGUUGUUGAUCGUCCAUACAAGACUGGGGAACCUAUUGUGGUCUGGUGUGGGCCACAGCCUAAUUCAAAAUUGCUUAUAAACUAUGGCUUUGUUGAUGAAGAUAAUUCUUAUGACCGUAUGGUGGUUGAGGCAGCAUUGAAUACGGAGGAUCCACAGUAUCAGGACAAAAGAAUGGUUGCUCAAAGGAAUGGAAAACUAUCGGUACAAGCUUUUCAGGUAUAUGUGGGAAAGGAAAGAGAGGCUGUUAUAGAUAUGCUACCUUAUUUGCGACUAGGGUAUGUUUCGGAUCCUUCGGAGAUGCAGUCUGUCAUAUCUUCUCAAGGUCCCAUAUGCCCGGUGAGCCCUUGCAUGGAACGAGCAGUUUUGGAUCAACUUGCUGCAUAUUUUGAGACAAGACUGGCAGGAUACCCUACCACUCUGAGUGAAGAUGAAUCGUUGGUAAUCUUGCUUCAUUGGUAAUUUUGCUUCCUUUAAUUUGGAAAAUGAAACUUUGUAAGUGGGUAUUGAUAUUUAACUCUUACAUUUUAAAUGAGCUAGUUGGCCAAUUGUAAUUUGGAUCCAAAGAAAAGAGUAGCCACACAGCUUGUCAAAUUGGAAAAAAGGAUUCUAAGUGCAUGCCUGCAGGCAGCAGUUGAUUUGAUACAUCAGUUACCUGAUCACACUGUAUCUCCAUGCCCUGCUCCUUAUGCCCCAAUUUUGGAAUGAAAGAUACUACCCAUCUCCUGUUUGAUCCUCUAAAACUGCGAGCUCUUUGUGAUACUUUCUUAUGUGGUUCUAUAUGGGCAAACAAAGAUGAGAUUCAAUAAGCUGGGUAAUUCUUCAGGGCAACCAAGGAAUGCAGUUAUAUUCUUCAGUUACCAUUCCGAGCCUCAGAGCAGAUGGCUGCACUUGAUUCAGGGAGUUGGAAAAUGUACUUGAUCUACUAGUAUAAGAGUAAUCUGGACGCUGCCGCUUCAUAAAACUUGAUUCUCUAUUUUCUUAUUCUUGUUCAUUCAAUUCCUGGGUGGGACUACGAGUACCAUUGUUGUGCGGACAAUAAAGGUCAUUACAAAAUAUUGCGUCAUCUUAUGCUGGCCCUUCCGUGUGAAUACGUCUUAGGUUGAUCAAGGGAACAUAACUCUUUCUUGUAACCUUCCAUUGCCUCUGAAUUGAGUCAAUUGUCUAACCAUGUGUUUUGGAGUUCUUUUUUUAACUCAACUGGUUAUGCUAUUGGAAGCUACAUCUAAUGGUUCAAUUUGCUAGACUGGACACUUGUGCAUGCCGUAGAGAUAUGUUGUCUAACAGGUUUAACGAAAAUGAAUGGGGCCGUACGAGGAGCAGAAUGCGUACAUAGAUUGAAGAGGUUUCAGCACAGGCUAUUAGCCUUUUAUUUUCUGCAUGUAAUACAAAAUGACAGUUGUAUGCGUCAGAAAAGGGUGAGCCUUGAUAGGGCUAUUAAAAAAAGUAUUUUGGCAUGUGAGAUUAGAG